AUAAGGGAAGUUAAAGAAAAAGAUCAUAUGAGUCUCUUUCGCGUCCAGGAAUGGUCCACUCCUUCUGGGAAUCACAAGGGGCGAGCUUGACAUAACCUCAUUUGUCGUGCGGAGUAUUUUGCAGUGAUGCUGAAGAUCUCCAGACUGUGCUCUGUGGCGCCCCGUGGGUGCGUGUUGGGGGUGAAUUUCAGCAAUGAGACCAAAGGGCAGAAGAUUCUGCACGAGGAGAAGAUGAAGAUGGAGAUGGACGCGAAGAGACUUGAUGAGUGGCGAGAGCGACCGCAAGAGAAAGAGUGGAAGAGCAAGUUGUCCGUGUUCAGGGUGGAAAAUGAGGAUCCGGGCUUCAUGACGUUCAUGCAAAAGCCCUGGAGUGUGAGCGGCGUGAUGAGUUGGUACCAGAAGAAGAAGGAACUGGUGCACAAAUUGAGUCAGGACUUCAAUCCGGAGAGGCACACCAAGCUGGGCUCUGAUCUGGCGGCAGCGCACUUCAUCGUGUUCCGGGGAGGGCGAGUGAAGUUUCUCGGCCACAAGGAGUGGAUAGUGAAGGAUGAGGAGGACGAAUUUGGCGACAACUACAAUCUACCCAGAUUUUACGACGAGAAGUACAAACUGGAGGCCAUCGACUGCUCCCGGAUGGUUCUCUACUAUCAGGGAUUGUCGAAUCUGAGGCGACUCUAUUACCUGAAGAGCCUAAGCUUCCGGGAUGUGGAGCUAUUUGAUGACUGGUGUCUCGACAGAGUGUCCGGAAGUGAAUGCGAGAACUUAGAAGAGCUGGAUUUGGUGGGAACAAAGGUCACCGCAAAAUCUCUUCCUGCUCUCUAUCGCAUGCCGCAACUCAAGAGACUCUCAUUGAAUCUUCCUGAAGAGGAAAUGGCAGCAGCUGAGAUGAAGCUUACAGGGGCGAUGCUGCAGGAGAUUUGCCCAGAACUCACAGUCAGUUAUCAGUGAAGGAAGAUUAAUUUACUAGGCUAAAUAAAUUAGGUAACAAAUAA